GGUCGAAUUCUACAAUAAAAAUCUGAAUGUUGGAAACUUUUUUUGAGGGUGUGCCAGGAGGGGGGGAGGGGGGGGGAAUGAAAAAAAAAUAAUAAUAAUAAUGGCUACGGCUAACGGAGGAGGACUCGGAGGAGGAGAAGAGGAGGAGGAGGGGGGGGGGAAAGAAGAAGAUGACGAAGAAGAGGGAGGAGAAGAACAAGAGGAGGAGGAGGAAGAAGAAGAAAAUGACGAAGAAGAGGGGAAAGAAGAAGAGGAGGAGGAGGGAGAAGGAGAAGAAGAACGCAAGGGAGAGGAGGAGGAGGAGGGGGAAGAAGAAGAAGAUGACGAAGAAGACAGAGGAGAAGAGGAAGAAGAGGAGGAGGAGGAAGAAGAAAAUGACGAAGAAGAGGGGAGAGAAGAAGAGGAGGAGGAGGAAGAAGAAGAAAAUGAGGAAGAAGAGAAAGGAGAAGAAGAAGAGGAGGAGGAGGAGGGGGAAGAGGAGGAGGAGGAGGAGGAAGAAGAAGAAGAAGAAGAAUGCAAGUCGAUGGCUAAGAGAGGAGGAGGACUAGAAGAGGAGGAGGAGGAGGUAGAAGAAGAAGAAGAAGAAGAAGAAGAAGAAAAAGCGGAGGACGACUAUGGCUAACGGGCGAGGAGAGUGACCACAGAGAAGAAGACGAAGAAGAAGAAGAAACAAACCUGGGGCCUGGGA